AUGAAUAAAGCUGUAAGAGUAAGGUACUCUAGUCUCGAUGAGUCUAGAACCAACACCAAAAGAUAUUAAAUUGUGUAUACAGUUACUGAUUAGAUAAAAACUUAAGUGAACAAUCUCAAGUUAAAUCAUCAUCCUUUGAGUUAUUACAUAUCCAGAAUUUGCAAGAAUGUCAAAGAAAUGAGAAGAUAUCGCACUGAUGCUUACAUCAGAAAUUAACUCACCAAAAUAUAUGCUCAAACUAUCCAUCUCAAAGAAAUCCAUGAUGUGUUCAAGGUGCCUAUCCAAUACAUGAGCGAAGAUCUCAUUCUCUCCAGAUGCACCUUGUAAUUGAUCUCUCAGAUGCCCCAUCAAUAUGCUCUUCGUCCUCAGCAACAAUUAACUCACUUCAUGCAAUGGAUGGCCUACUUCGAUGAAUAGGUCUAUUUGGAAAUGCAGAGAAUACAAGAGGGAUACUUAUUGCAAAUCCAAAGAAACAUACAAGAACAAUAUACAACGAAUGUAAUUAAGCAACAAUAAAUCAAACAUCAAAUCCAUCCUCGAAAGAAAGACAUGUACAAUUACGUGAAUCGACUCAUAACAAAGCCGUCGUUUAGAACCAUGAGUCGAAUAUCUGUCUUGGAAGACUAUGAAACUAAAUUUGGUGAAUUCUAAUUAAUCACACCAUACGCUCGAAGUUAUGCUAAACAGUUAGACACUAUUUCUUAAAAUCUCAACACAAUUGAAUGA